AGAAAUCCGUGGUUUAUUGUUUAUAAAAUGAAUGGGAAUCUCGCAAUAAAAGAAGGAUCAGGUUGAGAUAUUGAAAAACACUCAAUCGCUGUUGGAAGCGUGAAGGCAGCAAGGCAGUUGCGCCAGAGUAGUGACAUCAAAGCGAAUUGCACUGCCCUCUGGAUGAUGUAACUCUACUCAUGCUUGUUCUCAUGUUGACACCCAGUGUUCAAAUCAAACACGUUGCAUGGGAGUUGUUACUCCUCCGCAUUGUGGUUAUGCUCUUCUCUACUACAAACACAUUAAAGCGUUUCUUUCUCUUUGUUCAACAUUAAUAUCUUCUCCCAUCUUGGCAGCAUGAUUAAGCUAUCUUAAGAACUGACAACGGUGAGAAUUUUAUAAAACUUUUAUGGGUACAGGAGCAGCAUCGACAGCAACCACACCCGCUUCUCAAGACUGGAUUGGCACAGCCCCUCCCGGUGCCACCGAGGGUACCAAUUUACAUUAUGUCCUUUAUUCUGGUCAAUGUGUACAUAAAAUUGGUAUUUACGGUUGGAGGAAACGUUGUCUUUACCUGUUGGUUGUUCUAUUGAUGGCCAUGGUUAUUAUCAAUGUAGCCUUAACUAUUUGGAUUGUUAGAGUCAUGGAUUUUUCUACUGAUGGAAUGGGCCGAUUGAAAAUUCUACAAAAGGGUAUAAAAUUAGAUGGAGAAACACAUUUUUUACAAUCUCUCUAUGCAACAGAAAUUCGUUCCAGGAAAGAACAACCAUUAAAAAUCGAAUCUUAUCGAAAUAUUACUUUAAAUGCAAGAAAUAAAGAUGGAAUCAUCACGAAUAGGUUAUUUGUAGGAGAAUCUUUAGUAGAUGCUAUUGCUGAAAAAUUUAUUGUAAAAAACAGGAACGGUCAGAUUUUGUUUAGUGCGGAUGAUUCCGACGUUUCUAUAGCAACACAAAGGUUAAGAAUUACAGGAGUUGGAGGUGUUAGAUUCGAAGGGUCCAUUCAGACGCCACUAGUUAGAGCAGAACCAUAUGAGCAAUUAAGAUUAGAAUCACCGACUAGAAAGCUGAAAGUACAAGCUCCGCAUGGUGUUGAAAUUCAAUCUAGAGCGGGCGAUGUCAUUGCCAGUUGUUUAAAAGAUAUGAAAUUAGAAUCAAAACAAGGAGCUAUUUGGUUAGAUUCAGAUAAAAUAGAAAUGAAAAACUUGAAGACAGCACUACCGACGACAAGAGGACGUUCAUAUCCUGGUAUUUACCAAUUAUGCGUUUGUGAAAACGGUCGCAUGUUUCUUUCACCAUCUCAAGGUUUUUGCCAAGCAGACGAUUUGGUGUGUAAAAAUAGAAAAUAAAUGAAAUAAGCAAUCAUCCGUCGAACAAAUUAUACAAAGAAAAAGUUCCUCCGGAAUAUUCCGGACGGCUGAAGAUUCCAUUCCAAAUAAAGAAAGAAAAUAAACCAUAUAUUUGUGACACACCCGGCCUUGGUGCUAAGCUUUAAAAAGGGUUCGGAAAAGGUGCUUCCCACGUUUGGUAGAGAAGGAAAGUAAAUAUUGUUAAAGUUUGAAGAAAAGUUAAACGUUUGCAACUAGAGAUACUAGAAGUCGAAAUAUUGUAAACUAUGCAGAAAUUGUACCAAUGUAUUUCUUAGGGACGAGUACAAAGUGACAUUUCAGUUUCUCUGAAUAUUUUGAGGGCCGGUUGACAAUUCCAGUGACAUUUCAAGAUUAAAGCAAUGUAGAGGGAUUUAAUCUUAUUUCCGAUUCUGUCAGUGUCUUUUGGACCCUAGCACUUUACGAGAUGUUAUGGAAAGAAAGUAAACACGGCUGCAGAAAGCGACUUUUAGCAUAAAAUGUUAUUUCAAUACACAUCACGUUGGAGUAGACUGUGUAUAGCAACAAUGAUUCAUCGGCUUAGCAAAGCACAACAUUAAAUCAGGGAACGUACUUUAUUCCAAAUAGUUGACACUUCGAGUGAUUUACAGAGUUUUGAAUAUAAAAAAGCAUACAUUGGCUUAAUAGAAAAUGUUCUUCCUUUAAUUCUUUUAAAAUGCUUUAAAAAAACGGAUUAAAAUGCCAGAUAUUACAACUUUUUAUUAUAUUUGGCUUUUUUGGAUUACUGUAUAUGAAAGUUUUCUUAUUAUUACGCUAUAUUGACAAUUAUAAAACGAAGAAAGGAAUAUUUAUAAACAAAAAAAUCACAACAUUCUACGAUUAAACAUCUUUCAAUGUUGCAAUAUUCAGAAAUUUUCUAAAUAAUUAAAUAUUCAAUUUAAAAAAAAAUGAAACAAAAUCAUAGUAAAAGUCAUCUUGUAUUAUUUUUAAUUUUUGAUAUAAUUGAUUUAUUCAUCUGCGUUUAUUUUUAAACGUAAAAGCAAUGCAGAAUACUAAUGAGGAAAAAAAUUUGCUCAUGAUAUUAUUAAUUUUUUAAUUUUAUAAAUUUUUUUAUUAUUGUAAACUAUAGACGUAUUUAAUUAUCGUCUUCCUAAUAUAAUGUAGUAUUGAUAAAUAUGUGAUCAGCGCUUUAUUGCCGUCCAAUAUAUAAAUCCUUAUUAGCUGCUGUUUCAAUUUGUUAAAGGAAAAAAAAAAAAA